AUGUCAUGCGCUUCGGCCGAGAGAGGUGCUGAAUAUUCGGGCACACAGAUGUUCAGAAAGCGGUGGUACGUAUUGGUGGCCGCGGGUCUGUGUGCGCUCUACAUCUACUCCAAGUCGUCGAACAACGAGCUGCCGCGCAUCGAGGGGCAACGGAGAUUCUUAGAGAAGAAGUUACAGGAAGCCCUAAAAUUGGACAAAGGGACAGGCUGUAAGGUCCCGAAACUGGACCCCUACUCAGAGGACAUGGUCUGGUCUUACAAGAAACUGGGACCCCUGAAAUGCGAGGGACAAGAUUGGGUAAAGUGCUAUCAUUCCAAAUGUCGCGUUGUAGACUCAAUACGAGACACACACACAAGCAUCCAGUGCGAGUACAAAGACAUUAUCUACAAAGACGAUUUCCACUACGACUUCGGGAAACCCACUGUAGUCAAAGAUGGCGAUGUAUACCAGCUGUCGGCCAGUGAUCACGUCAGCGUACAAUGUACAGGAACUGUGCCAAAUAUGGGAAAGACUGAAAAAUGGUCAGGCAACACGCUCGGUUUCCGUCCCAUCUCCCCUCCGGCCAAACCCCUGGAUGACCACAUUAACGUGAUGAUCCUCGUAUUCGAUUCCACUCCUCGGAGUGGCUUCAUCAGACUCAUGCCCGAGAGCUGGAAGGUCUUUAAUGAGGAGUUGAAGGCUACGGUCAUGGAAGGGUACAAUAUAUUAGGUGACGGAACACCUGCCUGCCUCUUUCCGUUUCUUACUGGCAAGACAGAGCUGGAACAACCAGAUGUGAGGAACACUAAACAGAACAACAGGACAUUGGAUGACUUCCCUUUUAUAUUCAAGCAUUUAAAGGAAGAAGGGUAUGCCACAGCAUACAUUGAGGACAUGCCCCUCGACAACACAUUCACGUUUCGUUUCAACGGCUUCAAGAAACAGCCCACCGACCAUUACUAUCGCGCGUUCCGAAACGCGAACAAGCGACUUUUUAAGGGUUGGAACUUUUGCUACGGAGAUACCCCGCAGUUUAAGAUGAUGAUGAAUUUGACGGAGCAGUUUCUGGAGCUCGAAGGAAGGAGAUUCAUCUUCACAUUCAUCUCGGACAUUUCUCACAACGAUUUAAACUACAUACAGUACGCUGACGGAGACUUGGCGGCUUUUUUGAGGCGUCUGAUCAAACGGACCGAGGAUACGCUUAUUAUAGUCAUGGGAGACCAUGGGCCCAGAUACGCAGCGUUCCGCAAGAAGCAUUCCCUCCGCGGCAAGCUCGACGAACGCCUCCCCCUCCUCGCUAUCCGCCUCCCGGACCGCCUCACGCGCGCGCGCCCUGACGCGUUAAGCGCGCUUCAAGCUAAUUCGCGCGUAUUGACCACUGCACAUGAUUUACACGCGACUAUAUUGGAUGCGGUGGGCUUGAGAAAGCACUGGAACCCGUACAAGGUGGAGGGGGCGGAUUUGAAGAGGGGACUGACGUGGUUAGAGCCGAUCCCCAACAGCCGCUCCUGCAGCGAAGCUGGCAUCGAGACGCACUGGUGCACCUGCCUGGUCUGGCAGAACGUUUCCGACUCCAAUCCCAUGUACAAAAGGGCUGCUAAUGCGCUGAUAGACUACAUCAACAAGUUUACAGAGGAUGCUGGAUCCAAGUGCAUCCCUCGCGCCGUAGCGUCUAUAAGUUGGGUGCUCCGACAGCGUGUCAACAACAGACUCCUCGCUUUUGAUACCGCUAUAGAUUACGACACUUACUUGGGACGGUUCAACGCCAAAACAAACGUCACUAUGGAGAAUUUUCAGAUCGGAGUCCCCAAACCGUCUAGAACUGUGUCGAAUGCAGUUUAUACACAUUUGGUGAGCCGGCAGCAAAAGCGUAGUUGCCUCUAA